CUUGUGCCUGUCUUCUCGCGAGAUCGGGCGAGGUUUCCGGUGUUGUGACUGCGGGGCCGUAAACAUGGCGGUGAGUCUCCGCGCCCGCUCGCUGAGGCACCUCCGUAUCCGAGGCCGUAACGACAGCGGCGAGGAGAACGUCCCCCUCGAUCUCACCCGAGACCCUUCUGAUAAUCUGAGAGAGAUUCUCCAGAAUGUGGCCAAAUUGCAGGGGGUUUCGAAUAUGAGAAAACUAGGCCACUUGAAUAAUUUUACCAAGCUUCUUUGUAAUGCUGGGCAUUCUGAAGAAAAACUGGGUUUUACUUAUGAAGACAUCAUCAUAUGUUUGCGGUUAGCUUUACUGAAUGAAGCAAAAGAGGUCCGAGCAGCAGGACUACGAGCCCUUCGGUAUCUCAUAGGAGAUUCCAGUAUUCUGCAGAAGAUGUUAAAAUUAAAAGUGGAUUACUUGAUAGCCAGGUGCAUUGACAUACAGCAGAGUAAUGAAGUAGAACGGACGCAGGCGCUUCGUUUAGUAAGAAAGAUGAUCACUGUGAACGCUUCAUUAUUUCCUAGUUCAGUUACCAAUUCCUUAAUAGCAGUUGGAAACGAUGGCCUUCAGGAGAGGGAUAGGAUGGUUCGAGCAUGUAUCGCUAUUAUCUGUGAACUGGCAAUUCAGAAUCCAGAAAUAGUUGCUCUUCGGGGUGGUUUGAGUACUAUUUUGAAGAAUGUGAUCGAUUGUCAGUUAAGUCGCAUAAAUGAAGCUCUCAUAACAACUGUCUUGCAUCUUCUCAAUCAUCCAAAGACUAGGCAAUACGUGCGAGCAGAUGUCGAGCUAGAGCGGAUUUUAGCUCCAUACACAGACUUUCACUACAGGCACAAUCCAGACACUGCAGAGGGACAGCUCAAAGAGGACAGAGAAGCACGGCUCUCAGCAAGCAAAAUGGGAAUAGUAGCAGCAUUUCGUUCAUGGGCAGGCAUUAUCAGUUUGUGCAAGCCUGGGAAUUCUGGGAUCCAGUCUCUUAUUGGUGUGCUGUGCAUACCUAACAUGGAAAUUCGGCGGGGCCUACUUGAAGUUCUUUAUGAUAUAUUUCGCCUCCCUCUUCCCGUUGUGACAGAAGAAUUUAUAGAAGCACUUCUCAGCGUGGAUCCAAGUCGCUUUCAAGACAGUUGGAGGCUUUCUGAUGGCUUUGUAGCUGCAGAAGCUAAAAUUAUAUUACCUCACAGAGCCAGAUCCAGACCUGACCUCAUGGACAAUUACUUGGCACUUAUUCUCUCUGCUUUCAUUACAAAUGGACUCCUAGAAGGCCUGGUCGAAGUGAUCACAAGCAGCAAUGACCAUAUAUCUGUCAGAGCAACCAUCUUACUGGGUGAACUUCUGCAUAUGGCAAACACCAUUCUUCCUCAUUGUCACAGCCACCACUUACAUUGCUUACCAACAUUAAUGAAUAUGGCAGCUUCUUUUGACAUUGAAAAGGAGAAAAGACUACGAGCCAGCGCUGCACUGAAUUGCUUAAAACGCUUUCAUGAAAUGAAAAAACGAGGACCUAAGCCGUACAGCCUUCAUCUGGAUCACAUUGUUCAGAAAGCCAUAUCAACGCAUCAGAAAAGGGAUCAAUAUCGUGUGCAUAAGGAUAUCUUUAUUUUAAAGGAUACGGAAGAAGCACUGGCAACAAACCUUAGAGAUAGCCAAGUUCUUCUCCACAAAGAGAACCUUGACUGGAACUGGAAUCUGAUAGGGACCAUACUUAAGUGGCCAAAUGUAAAUCUAAGGAACUUUAAAGAUGAACAGUUGCACAGAUUUGUGCGACGACUGCUCUAUUUUUACAAGCCCAGUAGCAAAUUGUAUGCCAACCUGGAUCUGGAUUUCACAAAGUCAAAACAACUCACAGUUGUAGGUUGUCAGUUUACUGAAUUUCUUCUUGAAUCUGAAGAGGAUGGUCAAGGCUACCUUGAGGAGUUAGUAAAAGAUAUUGUACAGUGGCUCAAUUCUUCCUCUGGAAUGAAACCGGAACGAAGUCUCCAAAAUAAUGGUUUACUUAAUACUCUCAGCCAGCACUACUUCUUAUUUUUUGGUACACUCUCGUGCCAUCCCCAUGGAGUGAAAAUGCUUGAAAAGUGUAAUGUAUUUCAGUGUCUCCUUAACCUUUGCUCUUUGAAGAACCAAGAUCACUUACUAAAACUGACGGUAUCUAGUUUGGACUACAGCAGAGAUGGAUUAGCAAGGGUCAUCCUUUCCAAAAUCCUUACGGCAGCUACUGACAGCUGCCGACUGUACGCCACAAAACAUUUAAGGGUACUGCUGAGAGCCAAUGUAGAAUUCUUUAGUAACUGGGGGAUCGAAUUACUAGUCACUCAGCUGCAUGACAAAAACAAAGCUAUUUCCUCUGAAGCUCUUGAUAUUCUUGAUGAGGCAUGCGAAGACAAGGCCAACCUUCAUGCCCUCAUCCAAAUGAAACCAGCGCUGUCUCACCUUGGGGACAAGGGUUUGCUUCUGCUUCUAAGAUUUCUCUCAAUUCCAAAAGGAUUUUCUUAUCUCAAUGAACGAGGAUAUGUGACAAAACAAAUGGAGAAAUGGCAGAAGGAAUACAAUUUAAAAUAUGUUGAGUUGAUAGAAGAGCAACUUAAUGAAGCACUUACCACAUAUCGGAAACCUGUUGAUGGUGAUAAUUAUGUUCGCCGGAGCAACCAAAGAUUACAACGGCCACAUGUCUAUCUGCCAGUUCACCUUUACGGUCAACUGGUACACCACAAAACAGGCUGCCAUUUGUUGGAAGCUCAGAGUAUUGUUCCUGACCUGAGUUACACGGUUCGUUCCCCUAUGCUGGAUAAAUGGGAAGGGAUUAAGCAGUUGAAGGCUGCUCUCUGGGCACUGGGCAAUAUUGGAUCUUCAAAUUGGGGUCUGAAUUUGCUUCAAGAAGAAAAUGUGAUUCCUGAUAUACUAGCCCUCGCCCAACAUUGUGAAGUCUUGUCUAUUAGAGGGACUUGUGUCUAUGUGCUUGGCCUGAUAGCCAAAACAAAGCAAGGCUGUGAUAUUCUGAAGCAUCAGAAUUGGGAUGCGGUGAGACACAGCCGUCGGCACCCUUGGCCAGUAGUCCCUGAUGACAUGGAGCAGCUCUGCAACGAACUCUCCUCUAUUCCCAGCACACUUAGCUUGAACUCUGAAUCUACCAGUUCGAGGCACAACAGUGAAAGUGAAUCUGCACCAUCGAGCAUGUUUAUUUUAGAAGAUGACAGACUUGGCAGCACCUCUACUAGCACCUUCUUCUUAGACAUCUCAGAAGAUGCAGAGCAGAAUUCCUAUGACCGAGCUGGGCCCUUAAAAGAUAAGGAUCGCAGCCCCUUCCCCUUCUUUGCCUCCAGCAGGCUUGUGAAGAACCGCUUCCUGAAUUCUUUGACCCUGCCUAAUAAAAAACAUAGGAGUAGCAGUGACCCUAAAGGAGGCAAGCUGUCAGACUGCAAGUUGGGCUUGAGGCGAAAUCGUACAGUAACUGAGCCUUCCAGUAGCAUGGACUUUACCCAGGGGGAUGAAUUUACCCCUAUGUUCCAGGUGCCUAAAAUCCACACUCUGAAACUAGAGACUUCAUUUGUCAGCAGCAAGCACAGCGAAGAUGCAGACAGUACCCCGAGCAUUGGUGAAAAUGACCUAAAGCUUCCAAAAAGCCUUUGCCACGAGAACCACAGAGAUCACACCAGCCGAGAGAGGCUGAUGGGAGAGGUUUCUACUCAGACCCAUUUCAAAAGCCGUAGCUUGAGUUUCAAUACAGAUACCACCACAAGUGGGAUCAGUUCAAUGAGCUCGAGCCCAUCCCGGGAGACGGUGGGGGUGGACACUACAAACAUAGACACGGACUGUGGGAGCUUAAGCACCGUGGUGAGUACCAAGACAGUUAAGAUGCUCCAUUGUUCGACCCCGCAGUCCAACCACCUCCCUCUCUCAAAAUCCAACUCUGUCUCUCUGGUACCACCGGGCUCCUCGCACACCCUUCCUCGGAGGGCGCAGUCGCUAAAAGCGCCUUCGCUUGCAACCAUCAAGAGCCUAGCCGACUACAACUUCAGCUACACCAGUUCUCGAGAUGCCUUUGGGUACGCAACGCUAAAACGCUUACAGCAGCAGAGGAUGCACCCCUCUUUGUCUCAUUCAGAAGCCCUGGCAUCUCCAGCAAAGGACGUGCUCUUCACUGACACAAUUACAAUGAAGUCCGGUAGCCUGGACUCCCGGCUAACGCCAAACAGAUUCAUGAGAGCUUUAAGUUAUGCCUCCUCGCUAGACAAAGAAGACUUACUAAGCCCUAUUAACCAAAACACACUGCAGCGUUCUUCUUCUGUUCGAUCCAUGGUGUCCAAUGCUACUUUUGGCAGCUCUGAUGAUUACAUUGGCCUCGCUCUCCCAGUUGACAUCAAUGAAAUAUUCCAGGUCAAGGAAACUCCUUAUUUCCAGAAGAAAACGAUGUCUUCAUCUGAUGAACGAGGAGCUAAAGUUUUCCCCCAAGAUGCUGGAGGUUUUCCAUGUGGUUCUUCUGAACUAGUAAAGAGCCCCUUCCAGAUACUUCGGCAGCAGAUCAGUCUGACGGAGAUUAUGAACACAAGCCGCUCAGAUGCCUCUCAGUUCCUAGAAAACAUGGAAGACACUGGGCUCCAAGAGCACACAGAAGAUAAUUGCCUUUAUUGUGUCUGCACACACAUUCUGGGCUAUCAGCAUAGCAACAAGGUGAACUCUACUUUAACUCGCACAGAUUUUUCAGACAUUCCUUACUCUGACUGGUGUGGAAAGUCCAUGCAUAACCACCUGGAUGUGGUUUCCCAUUCCUCAAAAUUUUCUGGGAUUUCUGGAUGUAGUGACGCUGUUUCUCAUGGCUCAGCUAGUAGCACUAAGAGUACAGAUCUUGUGAUAGGAGUAAAGUCAAUUCCAGAUGACACUCCAGUAUGCCGCAUACUACUGAGGAAAGAAGUCUUGCGAUUAGUAAUCAACUUGAGUAGUUCAGUCGGAACUAAGGGCCAUGAAACGGGGCUCUUGACAAUUAAAGAGAAGUUUCCACAAGCGUUUGAUGACAUUUGCCUUUACUCUGAAGUGUCCUACUUGUUAGCUCACUGCACGUUUCGGUUACCAUCUCGAAGGUUCAUACAGGAGCUCUUUCAAGAUGUACAGUUUUUACAGAUGCACGAAGAAGCAGAAGCUGUUCUAGCAACACCGGCAAGCCAACAAAUGACUGACUUGUCAACUGAAUCCUGACCUCUCAUUUGCUAUGGGUGCGGUAAAUAUGAAGCUGCUGGGUAGCCUUGGGUGACUUCCAGUUGACUAGUCACCCAUGAGAGAAGCCUGAAUCGUUCAAGAAGUUCCUGGUACGUGGAAUUGGAGCUAGAGAACCUUCCCUCAAUGGAGCUUGCUUCCUCCGCCAUCUGAGCCCUGUGGGGAAUUGUUAAAAGAGUGAAAGUAACAAUUAACCAAGAUAUGUAAGAAGAACCAAGGACUGAACACUUGCACAGGUUUUCAUUUCACUUUUUUU